CGUUGUGCAGGUGUUUUUUUCACCUUUUUAGCGAAUUAUUGGUUUGAAAACUGUUCAGGUUUUGCUGAUAUGAAAUUCGGUGGAUACUUUUAUGUCAUGUAGGCAACCCUGAGUCCAAACCAAUUGCUGUCUUACAAUAUAUGUAGAUAUAUGCGGAUUUUAUCCUUUGCGUGAAUGGGACGUACGGUGCUGCAUGUUACUUAACACAUUUCCAUGACAGAUGGUAAGAGUAAGAAGGGAUAACAACUAUUCAAAAGCCGACAGAAGACCGCACAGGUUAAACCUGUUGUCAUGGAAAACUACCACGUAUUGGAGCUUAUAGGAGAGGGCUCGUUUGGGAAGGUGUAUAAAGGCAGGAAGAAAUACACGGGACAGGUAGUGGCCUUAAAGUUCAUCCCCAAAACAGGAAAAGCAGAGAAGGAACUGCGAAGUCUACGUAGAGAAAUUGAGAUCAUGAGAGGGCUUCAUCACGAAAACAUCAUUGAGAUGUUGGACCAUUUUGAGACUGAUAAGGAAGUGGUUGUUGUGACUGAUUAUGCUGAAGGCGAAUUAUUUCAGAUUUUGGAAGACGAUGGUAGUUUACCCGAAGAGCAGGUGAGGUCUAUUGCCUGUCAGUUGGUCUCAGCCCUCUUCUACCUGCACUCACACCGUAUCCUCCACCGGGACAUGAAGCCGCAGAACAUUCUCCUUGGGAAGGGUGGAACUGUCAAACUCUGCGACUUUGGCUUUGCUCGAUCUAUGAGCUGCAACACCCUUGUGCUUACCUCUAUCAAGGGUACACCUCUGUAUAUGUCCCCUGAGUUGGUGGAGGAGAAACCUUACGACCACACAGCUGAUUUGUGGGCUGUGGGCUGUAUCCUGUAUGAGUUGUACACGGGCACUCCCCCAUUCUACACUAACAGCAUCUUCCAGCUGGUUAGUCUGAUCAUCAAGGACCCUGUUAAGUGGCCUAAGACGAUGACUCCUGCCUUUAAGGAUUUCCUACAGGGUCUCCUCACCAAGGACAACAGGCACAGACUGGCAUGGCCUGACCUUCUCCACCAUCCUUUUGUAUCAGAAGGUGUCAAAGUGUCAGAGCGAGAUCUCCAGUCAGACAGCCCCUUUACCCGUGCUCUGACCGAAUCACUCUGUGUACAGAAAGAGGAGCAGACAAAGAGAAAAACUAACCCUCCAGGGACUUCCAAAAUACUCACUAAGGCUCUGAAGAAAGCCAAACAGGAAGAGAAGACAAAGGACCCAGGGGGAGGUGGAGAGAUGGUGGAGGCCUGGGGUCCACAGGCUAAUCACCCCACAAAGACUGAGGUCCCUAAUCACCCCCUGAUAGACCCCACACAGAGCAGUGGGAAAAGACCGGGGUCAGUCAGGGGCACAUGGAGGCACAGACUGCUCAGGUGUCCCCAUUCAACGCCUGGAGACUUGGGGUCAGGUCGUGCCAAAGACUGCUCAGGUGUCACCCCUCAGAGUCUGGAGACUUGGUUGGUGGAGCCUACCCCACGCCCGGAUCGGAUCAGUAAAGACUACCACAAGGAGUACCCUAGUAUAGAGAUAGAGGGUCGGCGUACAGUGAGGAAGAGUGGAGACAGACAGAGAAAACAUAACAUGGAGACUGUUAAGCUGGAGAACAGGUUAGGCGAAGUUGACAGUGAAGAUGAGUGGGAGGGGCUUAUCGAUGCCACUGACACGGAGGCAGAUCCUGACUCCGCCCUGCUGCUCCUGCAGGACAGUAACUUCAGGAAAAAGCUUAUGACACGGAUGGAAACAAGCUCCAAGCAGGUGUUAGAGUGUAUGUUACAAGGGGCUUCCAGGGUGAGGACUGCCCUGAGGGUCAUCACUAAUCUGGUCACGCUCAAAUGUGAUGUCUGCUUGAUAGUGAACUUUGUGGAGACGGUUGGCCUGCCUGCCUCUGUACUGAGUCUGCUGAAGGCUAUUCUGGACACGCCUGCCUGUCAUGGAGGUCAGGAAAGUACACACACUUUGGCAGGGUAUUCUGCACAUCAACCCUGGUGUCAGCAGAUUCUCAUUGACCUGGUGAUCGCUGUCAAUGCUUACUUUGCCAGUGAGAUCAGCUGGACACAGCGUGUGGACAAACACUGCUCUGAUGUUUACCUGGGUGCAUGUGUGGAGUUCAUAAGCCUGUUGCCACAGCUGUUACUACAGAAGGUGGAUGUGGAUAUCAGACUGAGAGAGCAAACUCUAUUGUGUGUGGUUUACAUGUGUGAAGUGAUGGAGAGAGACAAACAUGAGAAUGCCUCACAGUUCUUCUCUACAGUGGCCAGCAAACAGACAGCAGCUCUGAACGCUCUCCUCCAUUGCAUUCCUAAUGAUACUACACAGCUCAAGAAAAUGAUAGAGUUAUUUGAGGGGGAUGUGGAACAAGCUGAACAGAGGCAAGCAGGGGUCACACAUCAGCUGAUUGGAGCAUUAGCAGCAUUGACUUACCUCCCUUUAAAUCCUGAAUCCGGUCUUAAUGGCAAAAGAAAGGUGGCCAAGUAUUUGGGAGAUGAGAUGGCACUAAGCACUAAUGACGCUAUCACAGAUGCCUUCCUUAUGUGCCUGCGGUUUCCAUCAAGCUGUGGAAAUUCUCUUAAGAUAGUGUAUUCCUGCUGUCAGAUGUCCAGUACUCUGUGUGCCUACAUCGCUGACCAUGACAAACACACAGAGACUCUGCUCGACAUUCUACUGGGCAAGGUGAUGGUGUCAGACAUGGAAGUGAACUCCGUGAUUGAGAUCACACUACAUAUACUGAGCACAUUAGUUAUUCAGCUACAGAGGAUACCUGCUGUGCUGGGUGAUAAGAGUUCGCUGGUGAUCAGUGUAUUUGUGGAGUCUCAAAUCGCCAGUCACACAGCUGCAGCAGCCUUGCUCUUCAGUCAGAUGGUAUACUCUGGUUCCAGCGUAGAGGUACAGCCUGAAGACAUGUUGUCAGCCUGCUUGUCUGUCUUCACUGAUCUAGCUGAGAUUUGUGAACGCUGCCCGUUUGACUAUGGGGUGAUGGAUGGUCUUCUGCUCUUGCUCUGUGAGCUCUUGGCUCAGUGUGAUGUACCUGUGGCCCAGAUGUACAUACAGACUGGGAUAUGGAGCACCAUGUGGCAGAGGAUUGCCCAGGCCCUACACAUUCGUAACGCAGAGAUGGACAUGCCCGUGGAGGACAUGGAGACGGAAGGGGAGAGUACUGUGCCAUUUGAACCCCCAGACUGGGCCCUCAUGUCCCCACAAGGGCUGAUGGCUGUCCUGCAGAUGUCAGUCUCUGUCUUCUCUAAGGAAACAUUCCAAUGUAUUCCCAACCUUGCUGCCGGGGAUAGUGUGGUAAUGCUAACAUUAGUGCAUCUGAUGAGAGAGGAGUUUUUGGAGCAGACUGCUAACAGCUACAAUGGCAGUGGUGUACAACUGACAGAAGACAUCAUUUUACUGGUCAGUCAGCUUUGCUGCUUCCCAUUCGCAGUAGACGCCAAGGAGGAGCUAUUGUCAGAAAUCCAGAGCUGCCUGCUGUCUGCACAACUCCUUCCUCGUGUACUCAAAGCCUGUGUGAAGUUCCUGAAGCCAGACCAGCUGGAGAUCCCCCUGGGCCUUGUCACUAGGCUGGUGCUGGGCAACACACAGUUUGUCGCUCAGUUUACACACACCAUCAAUGGUCUCAAUGGCCUGGGGGUGAGUUACCUGUCCUCCUCAGUGGACCCUGAUGUACCUGUGUGUGUCCUGGGGGACAUCCUCUCUGUCUGCAGCCAUCUUGUCCGAGUCUCACCAGAAAACAUGGUGCUGGCCCAGGCCGUCUUCCAGGGGAAACAUGGGGAUUUUGAGCCGCUGUCUUGCCUGUUGUCUCACUCAUCAGCCGUGGUCCGGUCUAGAACCUGUAAUAUACUGGGCAAUCUGAUGAAACAUAACAACUCACUUUAUGAACAGCUGGGCAAAAGAGAGGACUUGUUUACUGGGCUGUUUGCCUGUCUCAAAGACGAGGAUCACAAUGUUAGAAAGUGUGUCAGUUAUGCUGUGGGUAAUGCUGGUUACCACAGUGCCGACCUGUACCCCAGACUGAGGCCCGCUAUCCCCCUGUUGGUGGAGCUGUUAAGGGACCCAGUGACUAAGACACGGUGUCAUGCAGCCAAUGCCUGUGGUAACCUGAGCCUCCACUCCCCUGCACUGUGUCAAGAUCUCAUCAAGGCUAAAGCUGUUAACAGGUUGUUGGAUUUGGUGUGUCAUGACACCCAGUACAAUGUCCAGUCGUGUGCUCUGUUGGCCCUAAGGACAAUGUCGCAACAACCAUCUCUGAAAAAGGAAAUGCUAGUGCUCAAGGCUGCUAAAAAACUGUCCCCAAUCACAUCUGGUCAUACCCCACGAGGUCGCUCUGGAAGUGGGAGUCGUCCUAUUAGCGUUGUCUCCAGCCUCAAGAGCUCUGCAGGGAGCCUCAACACUGUGGUGAACCAUUGUAAUAAGUUGUUACUCGUUCUCAAGGGCUGAUAACUCUUACAAGCAUGUUACCUGCUAGUCAAACUUAUGUUUUCUAUCCAAGAACUGUAACUGUUAAAUGGACAUUGUAAUACUUGUGAAUUGUUACUGCUUUCAGAAAAUAACAGGAAAUAUUGCAGGAUAGUCCACAUUUUUUGCACAUGAUAAUUAGCAAGCUUUUAUUUUCAUUUUUAUUCCAUCUUCUAAUGUAAUGUUGACAAGCGAUUUCUUCCGCCCAUAAAACAACCAUUUAAAGUGGUGUGGUCUUUAUUUGCAGGGAGGCAUAUAUACUGAUUUGAUAACUGUUUAUACAAAAUACAUGUAUGUGUUAUAAUGAGGGUAAUGAUAAAGGAACCUUGUAGUGAGGUAUUACUGAUUCUGAAUUUAUGAUGAUAAUAUAUAAAUGUAAUGCAUGUAUUGUCAUACUAAAUGCUGUCUGCGAUGAAAACACAUUGAGCAUGGGUAACUUGUAUGCUCAAGGCAAGAUACAUCUGUGCUUUCCUCUGGAGAAUGUUUGUUUUUUUUACUCCCAAAAUGUGGAUGUACUUGUAGUUUUCUACUUAGUUUGUAGUGAUAAUGUGUAUGGUGGUGAUAUCUUUGACACUGGUUAGCUCAAUGUUCCACAGUUGUUCCUUAGAUUACACUGCAUAAUUCUACCUCUUCAUGUACUUAGCAAAAUAUUCAUGUGUGCAUCCAUUCCGAACACAGCCCAGUUUCUUUUAAAUUUUUCAGAUGUCCAUGUAGUAGAGACACAAAUCUGAGGUGCUAGAGUUGUUUUUUUGUAUUGAAUUGUUUGCUUUAGUUUAAUGAAGAGCAGUCUGUAUUUAUGUUUAUUUACAUGUAUAUGUACGCAUAUAUUCACAUGAUUCUUCGCAGCAUUUCUUUUUUUUUUAAUGUUGGAUGUCCGUCCAUUGCUGUUUAAACCAGCUAUUGCUUGUUCACGUAUAAUACUGUAGGUUUGAGAGACAAAAAUAAUAAAUGUUCCGUGCUAUAAUUGUGAAUGUAUUUUUCUGUCGCUUACUGUUUUAAAAGAAAACUAAAGUAACAUUGUCAGUACAUAUUUCUAACGGUCCAUCUAAGAGUUUUGCUUGCUUGCCUAUGGAAUAUGUGUAAUAUGUAUAAUAUGCUAGUUGGAACAUGUGGUUCUGAAGUACAAUCACUUGUGACUACCUAUACAUGUGUACCUGUAUGAAUGGUGCAUUAUUUAAUGUCAUACAUUCUUGAGACAUCUGUCACUCCAAAACUCCCUUUCUAUGUUUAAGCAAGCCCUGACUGUAAUGUAUUUUACAGAGAGGAAUUGUUUUUCAUGAUGAACGAUGAACCGUGUUGGUUGGUACAAUGAAUCAUACUCUUC